AUGUCUACCGUGCAUCCAGUAAGCGAUGGCUUGCCGCCACCACGUCCUUCCACCUAUCGAUGGUUCCCUAGUUGGCGGCUUCUUACUGCUAGUUUACUAUGUCUUUGCUUUGCAAGUGUGCAUAUGAUGAACAGCAAUAUGGGAAUGGCUGUUGUCUGUAUGGUCAACUCAACGGAAUAUAUGGAUGACUCCAUAACUGAUGCGAGCGCAGCUCCAAAACUCAACUGGACCUCCGAGCAGGAAGGAUAUAUCUUUUCUGCCUUCAAUGGAGGCCUUCUUUUUAUGCUACUAACAGGAUUCAUUGCUGAUAAGCUCAACGCAAAAUAUAUGAUCGUUGCUAGCGUGAGCUUAGCCGUUGUGGCAAAUCUGCUCAUUGCACAGUUUUCAGUCGUCAGUGUGUAUUUUGCCAUUGGUGGUCGUUUUCUAGUCGGAUUCGCUGAUGCACUUCUGCAACCGGCGGUGAACUCACUGCUUACGAGGUGGUUUCCUACCACUGAGAGAAGCUACGCUCUUGGUCUUGCCACAGGUGGACGUCAUGUGUAUUUUGCCAUUGGUGGCCGUUUUCUGGUCGGAUUCGCUGAUGCACUUCUGCAGCCGGCGGUGAACUCACUGCUUACGAGAUGGUUUCCUACCACUGAGAGAAGCUACGCUCUUGGUCUUGCGACAGGAACGCUCAUCAUCAUACCAGUAGCUGGUGCUCUAUGUGCUCAAACAACUCUUUUCGGUGGAUGGCCCUCCAUAUUCUACCUGUCCGCUGCUGUAGGAGUUUUCUUCGUAGCCCUCUACUCCGCUAUAGGGGCUGAUAAGCCCAGCAAACAGUCAUGCAUAUCAGAUGCUGAAGUGAAGUUUAUCACAAUGUCCAAUGCCAAUGAAGACGUUGGAAAAAAGAGAACUGAACGAAAGAUCCUCAACUCCAUUGCGUCCCUCGGCCUUGGUGCUUUUCUCUUCGCUGCUACUCUUUUGGAUUCCACUCGUGCUCCUCUGGCCGUAUUGUUCUUAUGCUUGAGCAUGGCAUCUGCAGGACUCCACACUCCUGGAUGUCAAACGGCCCUUGUUUCUUUGGCUCCCGCUUACUCUGGUGCCAUCACAGGAUUCGCCUUUUUCUUUGUUGCUUGUUCUGGGAUUGUAAACCCCAUCAUGACAAAGUGGAUAGCACAGGUAUAUCAUCUCUCAACUGAAUCACAACCCUAGAG